AGAAUUAUAGAAAUGUCAUGAAUCUACCAGAAAAAAAAACAAUCUAACAGAUAAAAAUAUAGGUAACUUUCCGUUGAGUAGCGGUCUAAAAGUUAACCGUCAUGGACGCAACAAUCGGAAGCCUCAUUGAAUCCAUAGGAAACUUCUUCACCGGCGGCGAUCAGAUCCCCUGGUGCGACCGUGAUGUUAUCUCUGGCUGUGAAAGAGAAGUUGCAGAAGCUUCUGAUGGUGACUCUGAUGAGCGGAAGAAUGAGAGCAUAAUGAGGUUGUCAUGGGCACUUGUUCAUUCAAGGCAAAAAGAAGACAUUCAGCGCGGGGUCGCCAUGCUUGAAACUUCUUUGGGCAAUGAUAAAAGUCCUUUACAUCAAAGAGAGAAGCUUUAUCUUCUUGCUGUUGGGUACUACAGGACUAAUGAUUAUGCUAGGAGUCGGCAGCUUCUGGAGCAAUGUUUGGAGAUUGCACCUGAUUGGAGGCAGGCAUUGUCGCUCAAGAAAGCAGUCGAAGAUCGAAUUGCAAAGGAUGGUGUAAUAGGAAUUGGCAUCACUGCAACAGUUGUGGGACUUGUAGUUGGUGGCGUUGCUACAGCAUUGGCACGAAGGAAUUGAAUAUAUACAUGCUUUGAUAUUUGGUUUUUGUUUGUCUUACUUUCAUCAUUUAAAAGUCCUAUAAACGACUACAGCUUUCAACCUUGUUUAUUUUUACUGCAAAUAUAUAAGUGAGAAUACUUUACUAUUAUUAGAAAUGAUAAUAAUAUAUAGCCAUUAAACAAAAACUAUCUGUUCAUAUUAUUUUUGUGCUUGAAAAAUUAUGAGGCUUCUUCCUUCA